AGUUAAAGAUGGCUCCUUGAUUCAACAGGUAGUUGACUUCGCAGUAUUUUGUUUUUCGUUGUUUUUCUUCGAAAAAAUGUAGCUUCACAGUCGAUUUUAGUUUAUUUUAUGUUCUCGCAGUCAGUGUUACGGUAUUGAGUGCAAAAGUGAUUCAAUAAUCUUGAGUUUCGCGUCGGAAUUAGGGAAUCUUUGUUUCGAUGUUGCUACAAGUGUUUUCUGUUUACGCUUCGGAAAAUGUUAACAUUGCUGAGCGAGCUGCGCUUCUGGUCUACCAAGGAGGACAUCCUCGCCAAGGACACCGAUCUGGGAGCAGCCAAGUAUUUUGAGAAGAAGUCGGAAAAUGCUAAAUCAAUAUAUUCGGAAGGCAAAAAACACUACUUCGAGUCGAGGGGGUGCAAAUGGAACGUGGAUAAUAAAAAGCCGAACCGGCUGAGGAAUGCGCUGAAGCUGCUGGAGGAAGAGCUUAAGCAGAGGCGCAUUGUCUUCUGCAAGUGGAGAAACAAUAUCAUUCUGCAGAUUAUGCUCUCGAACGGACUAUUGAUUCACAUAUUCAUAAAUCCAUUUAAUGGCGACAUUAACCGUAUAUACUUUGACAAGUAUUUUAUUGGAAAGCUGAUUUCCGAGCAGAUUACGGACGUGAUAAUUACCCAAGCGCACAUUUUAAUAUCGUACAAUGAAAACCAGAUUACGUUCGUGCAUCUGCAGAAACCGACCUCAAGGAAAAAUAAUCUCGAAAAGAUCAGUUUGAUGGACCCCAAGAUCUAUAAUGUAAUAAUAGGAGGACCAACGACCAGGAAGAUUCCCAAACAUUUAGUCUGUAGCAGUUCGCAUGAUUUGGUUAUUGUGUGGACCAAAUCGUCCCAAAAUGAGGUCUACCCGUGGAGACCAACGGUUAAGGACCAGGAUCGGGCAAAUCUGCAUGUGUACAAAUUGAACGGGGCCAAGAUGGAGCUGCUGUGCUACUACUGGACCGAGUAUGAUCCCAUUUCGGUAGACUUUUCGCUCAUGAAUGGCUUUCAGGUCCAUUCGGUGGAGCAAAAAAUAUCCAAAAAGGGCGAUGUGACCAUCGACAGCUGUAUUUAUCAGAUUCACAAAACGAAGAUGCGACGGGUAGCGGUGACGUCGAUCCCCUUGCAGACACAGGUUUGCUGCAAUGCAUUCAGUCCCGAUCACGAGAAGCUCAUGUUGGGAUGCAUCGAUGGAUCGGUAGUGCUGUUCGACGAAGGUCGAGGAAUUACGCACCUGGUUAAGGCAGCAUUCAUACCAACCUUCGUCUCGUGGCACAGUGACUCGUCGGUCGUGAUAAUCGCAAACGAAAAGUGUCAGCUGCAGUGUUUCGACAUUGCCCUAUCCUGCGUGCGCACGCAGUUGAUGAGUGAAGAUGUCGUUCCGUCUAGCAUUCUGGACCUUUCCAACUACUUCUCCCAUCCGUCCAAUCUUGCCAAACUAUGCUGGAGUAAAAAGCCGGAAAUGACGGAACACUUCGAGAAAAAUGCCAUCACGGACUGCUUCCUGCUGCUAGCCUUUGAGAACGGUCCUCUUGGAUGUGUUCGGUUCGUUGGUGGCACUGGCUUGAAAGGGGACGUCCACACUUCCGGUUUAACGGCAGACGUGCUGAUUCACAAAUACAUCUCCUUGAACCAGGUGGAAAAGGCUAUCAAUAUACUGCUUAGCCUAAACUGGGACACAUAUGGCGCCAUGUGCCUGCUGUCGCUGCAUCGAAUAGCAAACUACAUCUUUAGGCAACCCUUGGGAACGGAGAGGGAAUUGCAACUGCAGAAAGCUCUGGGGAGCUUUUUGGUACCUGUAAAACCGUUGUGUUAUGAGACUGAAGUAGAAUUUGGCGAUCAGGUCAACGAUAUAACGUUACGAUUUUUUCACUAUCUGCUGCGAAAUAAAUCCUACAACAAAGCGUUCAGUUUGGCGAUCGAUAUCAACGAUGCUGAUUUGUUUCUCAAGUUGCACGAUAAGGCUAAAACUGAUGGCGAUGUAGAACUGGCUAAAGAGGCACUGAAGAAGGUGGCUGUCAUCAACCGGAUAUGCACGGACCGGAGCGAUAGCGAACACUCAUUGUGCUCGAAUUCCUCAUGCUCACUCUGUGCGGAAAGUUUUGACGAGGAAGAAGAAGAAGACGAAGAAUCGGAACGUGAAGGUUCUCAACUUCAGCUACCACGGGCAGCCAAAAUAACCAGCACCGAUGCUGUUAGCUUCAAAUCUUAUUCGACGUCGUCCAGUUCAUCAAAGUCGUCCCAAAUACGGAACGGAGCCCUGAAGCAUCCUCCUCUACCCAAGACAAUCGAAAGCAGCAGUGCCAGCAGUGUAGCUACUCGGAUGUCCACAGCGAAUGUGCGUAAAAAAUCAGAGUUCAACAGCGAUCGACCUCCGUUGCCGUACGUAGCGAAGAAAACACCUACCACGACAAUGCAACGCAGCCAAACAGCAAUGGCUUUAAAACUUAGCAAACAGCAGCAGUCAAGAAUAGCACAAACUAAACUGAAAGGAAAGUCACUGAGCUCGAGUAAUCUGCUCUCCAUCUCUGAUAACACCUCGCCUUACUUUGGAUCGUCGAUCCAACGGGGCAAUGUGCGAGCUCGCUUAAAUCCUCGGGAAAAGGUAGCCAAACUGUACUCCUCACCCGCCAGCAGUCUAUCGAUGGAGCAACUCGACAUAACCAACCGCAGUUCUCGACAACCUUUCUACGUGGAUUUUGUGGAUAACCCAGCCGCGUCCCGACCUCCUCCUAACGGUCAACACGUUGUCAUUGAUGUGGUUCCUAAACCAAUUAGCUCGCCGAACGCACUGAAGUACCCUCCAACCAACAUUCUCGAUCAGACGAUCGGCAUUCCAAUAGUACAAGACGAACCGGACUUCGCCCGGCGUCCUAGAAAACCCUGGUUCACCUCGCAGGCAUCACAGCCCCAGUUUAGAAGCAUUCCAAAUCCUUCCAAUGCCAAUAACGCUCCACGAACUGUGAUCCAUCAGUAUCCGCUCAUAUCCGGCAACAUUCCAUCCAAGUUCCAGUCGAAAUUUCACCAACAACCCCCAGAAGUGAUCGACCGGUUACGAUUUCCUCGUCGGAAAGAACCUGCAGCUUCCAUUCUGUCCAAUAGUACAAACUCUUCCUUACUAGCGAUACCCGGGCCGUCCUCAUCUGGAUUUUCACAACCGGGCAGCUCUUCGUCCUCUUCCUCUGCCAAAAAGGAAACCGGAGAAAAGAACAAAGUAAAAUUCUCCGAUACCGUUACGGUCGCUGUCGUUCCGGAAAUUCCCCGAAAGGAUAAACUGGGUGAAAAAUCGCGCAAACCUCCGUACAGUUCAAUGAUUGCCGACCCGAGACGGGAGCUGGCGGAAAGUUUACCCCUGUGCCAUCCAAACGAUGACUAUCUGAAAGAUUUUACCCCUAUGCAAGAGAUCAACAGCAACAGCAAUGAGCAGCAGGAAAACAACGAGGACAAUAAAAAGAUUCCCAACAUCAAGGUGGUACAUUUUGGUGUUGUGUAAAGCAACGAACGACGAAGGAGUGUUGAAUGUGGAAUUAUUCCGUCCAGUGAAGCUGAAUCAGUAUUUUAAAAUGUUCAUAAGACCCAGAAAUAUUUUCUUUUUUAUGGAAAUACUUUUUUUUUUGUAAAUAUGCAAACCGUACUUAAGUUGCCCUAUAUUGUAUAUUUAUUAUUACAGGCUGCAUGCAAUAAUAAUGCAAUAAAAUCUAUUUUUGACAACAUAUCUUUUUUUUAUUU